UCAUUAAAGGGUGGUAAGAGAAUCAAUGAAGCUGAGAUGAAUAAGGAAGAAAACGAAAGAUGCUUGCAGAGGCACGUGCACGGAUAAAUGGUGGAGUCAUUGCGCAAAACAUUGACCAAAGGAGGAAGGAAGAAGAACAUGUUUGAUAUCCAAGGAGAAUAAUUUUGCUAUUUACUCCUAGAAAAUCGACAGAUUCCGACGAUGUCUAUUUUUCAACUUUUGUUUUGAAUGAUUCCUUUCCAAAAAAAUUGUUUCAUUUGAAGUAAACAGCGAGUUUUGUGAUGAAAUGUGUCCCAGAAAGUGUAAGCAUGAAGAAGACGAAAGUGCAAGCAUGAGCGAAAGCAACGUGGACAUUAAAGAGAGCACUCAAGAGUAGGGGGAGCGUUGGGGUAGCAUUUAAAGCUCAUACGCCUAACAAAGUUUCACCACAUUCACCAUUGUGUAGUGGUGAGUGAGGACUAUGGACCCAUUAUUCAACAUCAUCACAUCACAAACUUCAAAAUUUUAAUCCCAACUCUCUCCCACACCCUCUCUCAAAAACUCAUAUUGCGUUCCCAGAACCUGCACCACAUCAUGCCAAACGACGCCGUUCUCAGAACCUGCCUUCUCUGGCUGGCGGCGGUUAUUUUAGCGGUUGGCAUAUUCACCCACUCCUUCAAGAAGAUGAUGGUGACCUACGUCUUCGGAGUUCUUGGGAUUGCGGCGGUUCUUCUUCCCGAUUGGGAUUACUUCAACCGUGAUUUCUCUCGUUGGACUUACCCUGUAACUGCUGAGGAAAGGGCCAAUUCUCCACAUGCCCAAGGAUCUGGAUUUCUAAGGUUUGCUCAUUCUCCUCUAAGGGUGAUUGUUUAUAGUGUGGUUUAUGGAUGUGCUAUGUACAAAUGGUGGGAGUAUGUAUCAAGUUAAUCAUUAACAACUUUGUUUAGCAGAAGCAACUGCUGAUUCUUCUGAAACCCGAUUUUAGAUGUAAGUUUUACCCUUUCGUUGAUUUAAUUUUUUCGGUUUUGGUGGAAUCCAGAAACAGCGUCAGUGAUUGUCCAAGAGAUUCUUCGUUUUUAUGCUAAAAAUAGAAAAUCGAAAGGAAUUAAUUUGUAAUUUUAAAGAAGACAAGGUUUUGGUUGUUAUUUUGUCGUUUGUGAAACAUUUUCGAGUCACAAUUAAACCAUGAAGACGCACUGUACUGAAAUGGAGGCAAAGUGCGAUCGAUUUUGAUAUGGAUGGGAACAAAGGCUUCUUCCAC